AUGCCUGAAAUAGAGGAUCAUUUAAAAUAUGAACAACAAACGGGACUACCUGAAUUAAAAGAUGAACAAAAUGGUGAAGAAAUAAAAGAAGAAGAAAAUAUUACGGCGGAAGAUAAUCAACAAUUGCCAGUCGAGAGAACCCAAAUUGAAGAAUUGAAUAACGAACAAGUCCAGGAAGUACAAGAUGAUCGUAGACAUGAUAUAACAGAUCAAUCAGAUGAAGUAGAUUUGCCAGAAGAAGUAAAAGAAGAUUUAUCAAAUAAUGGUGUUGCCGAUUCCGAAGAGAAUCCAACCUUACCAACAAUUUCUGCAACUGAUACAGAAUCAGUUACCUCAAAUCAAACAAGAAAUACACGCCAUACACGUCAACAUUCAACAUUAUCUAUAUCUUCAGGUGCUACUGUUGAUAAUUCACAAUUAUUCAAGAAAACUUUUGAAAUUAUCCUCACUAGUAAGGAGGCCAAGAAAAAUGAUAAAUUUAAACAAGUUAUUCAAAAAGCUUUAGAUUCAUUAAAUAAUCCAGAUUAUAGAAAUUCAAGUAUAAUAUUUGAUGCAUUAAAGGCAUGUUGUGAAACUUCAAGUGUGGAUUUAAAAAUUAAAGCUAUUGAUUUGUUUGCAAAAUUAUUUGAUUAUGCUCAAUUUGAUGAUUAUUCAGAAGAAAUAAAGUUAACUGAUGAAUCGGUUAAUGUUAUAUCUAAUUGUUUCGAGGGUGAAGGUACUGAUCCUGAAGUUGAAUUACAAGUUGUCAGAGCUUUAAUGCAUAGUAUUUUAUUAAUGCCUUGCCAUGGUGCUUCAUUAUUACAAGCUGUAAGACAAAUUUACAAUGUGUUUAUUUUUUCAUUAAGUGCAAGAAACCAAGCAGUUGCACAAGGUAUAUUAACUCAAGUAAUUGGUGCUAUCUUUCAACGAGUUGAAGAAUCAAUGAAACUGAAAAGUAGACCUAAAAUUUCACUGCAGCAAUCAAUUGAUGAAUUUGAGAUUACAAAUAAUCAUUCAGCUGAAAAAUUAACUUUGAAAAGGUUGGAGAGAUUAAACGAUUCUAUAAAUGAUCAAGAUCGCGUUAGUGAAGCUAAUUAUGCAAAUGCAAAUGAUGAAGAUUUAGUUGUUAAAGACGCAUUUUUGGUAUUUAGAGCUAUGUGUAAAUUAUCUAUAAAAUCAUUGGAUUCAACUACAAUUGAUAUGAAAUCCCAUUCUGUAAGAUCAAAAUUAUUAUCAUUACAUGUUAUUCAUACUAUUUUAAAAGAGCACAUUGAAAUAUUUUUAAGUCACGAUGUUGUUUUAUUAUCAUCAAAUGCAAAUGAACAACAAAUACGAUUAAUCAAUGCAGUUAGACAAUAUAUCAAUUUAGUAUUAUCAAAGAAUGCAGCAACUGCUUUAGCCCCGGUUUUUGAAUUAUCUUUGGAAAUUUUUUGGUUAAUAAUAUCAAAUUUAAGAAAUGAAUUUAAAAGAGAAAUUCCAGUGUUUUGGGAUGAAAUUUAUUUCCCAGUUGCUGAAAUGAAAACUUCUAGUCCUCAUCAAAAAAGAUAUUUAUUGUCAAUCAUUGAAAGAUUAUGUAAUGAUUCAAGAUGUAUAAUUGAGUUUUAUUUAAAUUAUGAUUGUGAUAGUAAUCUGACAAAUAUUUGUGAAAAAAUUAUAGAUUACCUAACUAGAUUGUCAUUACAAAGAAUUGAAGUUACACCGCAACAAAAGUAUGCUUUUUUCGAAAAUAGAAGAAAUGGUAUAUCAGUUUAUGAUAUAAAUAAGAUUGCAAAUUUAACAAGUAGUACAAUGUCUUCAAAACCUCCCGAACCUGAGAUUUAUAAUCAAUUCCCAUUAGAAUAUGCUUUGAAAAUGACUUCAAUUGGCUGUUCAGUUGCAUUUUUACGCUCAUUGUAUUCAUGGGCUCAAAAAGGUUUGAAAAGUUCUAUUAGACAACCUAAUUCAAAUGAAUCAAAUUUGUCAUUAGGUAGAGAUAGGUCAGAUUCAAAUUCAACAUCCAUCAGUAAUUCACGAAAUACUUCAUUUGUAGAUGAAACUAAUGGAAAUCAAACACCAAUACCCGCAGAAACUGAUAAAUUUGAACAAUUUGAAAGUCAAAAGCAACGUAAAAAGGUUUUACUUGAAGGUAUUAAACAAUUUAAUCAAAAAGCUAAGAAAGGUAUUGCAUAUUUUAUUAAUAACGGAUUUAUACCUUCCGAUGAUCCAAAAGAUAUUGGUCAUUUCUUGUUGAGUGCUGAUGGUCUUGACAAACAAGUUAUUGGUGAAUAUUUAGGUGAAGGUGAUGAAAAACAUAUAGCAAUUAUGCAUGCUUUUGUUGAUGAAUUGGAAUUUGAAAAUACUACAUUCGUUGAAGCUUUAAGAAAAUUUUUGCAAGCAUUUAGAUUACCUGGUGAAGGUCAAAAAAUUGAUAGAUUUUUAUUAAAAUUUGCAGAAAGAUAUGUUUUGGGUAAUCCUGAUAUAUUUGGUAAUGCUGAUACACCAUAUUUAUUAGCUUAUUCAGUUAUACUAUUAAAUACUGAUUUACAUUCAUCACAUAUAAAGAAUAAAAUGAGUGUGGAAAGUUUUAUUGCUAAUAAUAAAGGUUUAGAUGAUGGUAAAGAUUUACCAAGAGAAUUUUUGGAGAAAAUUUAUGAAGAAAUUCAAAAUAAUGAAAUUAAAUUAAAAUCGGAACAACAUGCUGCAUUAUUAGCUGGUGAUUUAAGUGUAACAGGCCAAACACAAUCAAUUGGUUUUUUCGGAAAUCGUGAUUUAAAUAGAGAAGCUUAUAUUCAUGCAUCAAAAGAAAUGGCAACGAAGACAGAGAAAUUGGUUAAAAAUUUGGGUAGGAAAUUAAAAUCUGAUAAUCUGAAUGAAAUAUUCUAUGUUGCAUCAAGUGUAUUACAUGUGAAGUCUAUAUUUGAUACAUUAUGGAUGUCAAUAUUAGCUGGUUUGACACCACCAUUUAAAGAGUAUGAUGAAGAUGUUGUGACUAGAGCAUGUUUAGAAGGAAUAAAAUUAGCUAUACGUAUUGCUUGUAUGUUUGAUUUAGAUUAUGCAAGAACAUCAUUUAUUGGAGCUUUAGUACAAUUUCAAAACUUGAAUAAUUAUGAAGAAAUGAAACAAAAAAAUGUUGACGCCGUUUAUAUAAUGUUGGAUUUGGCAGUUUCCGAAGGAGAUCAUUUAAAUGUAGGUGCAUGGUUACAAAUAUUAACAUCAAUUUCACAAUUGGAAAGACUACAAUUAAUAGCACAAGGAGUAGAUCAAGACUCAAUACCUGAUGUUGUAAAUGCAAAAUUGAUUUCAAAAAAUUCAUUUGAAUCAACAAGAACAAGUGGUAGUUUCUUUAGUUCAUUUUCGUCUCAAACACCAGCUCAAUCAGCCGCUAAUAAAUAUCAUAAUCAACAUUUAACUCCAAUAGUGGCAAAAUUAUUAACCAAGACUGAAUUAGAAGUUGCAAUAGAUAAAGUUUUUACAAAUAGUGCUAAUCUAUCAGGUAAAAGUAUUGUUGAAUUUGUCAAAUCAUUAUCUGAAGUUGCUAAAGAAGAAAUAAAUUCAUCUGGUCAAAGUACAAAUCCAAGAACUUAUUCAUUACAAAAAGUGGUUGAUAUAUGUUAUUAUAAUAUGGAUCGUAUAAGAUUAGAAUGGUCUCUUAUAUGGUCAAUAAUGAAUGAAACUUUUAAUGCAGUUGGUAAUCAUACUAAUCCAGCAGUAUCAUUUUUUGCAUUGGAUUCAUUAAGACAAUUGUCUAUGAGAUUUUUGGAAAUUGAUGAAUUAUCACAUUUUAAAUUUCAAAAAGAAUUUUUAAAACCAUUUGAAUAUAUUAUUAUACAUAAUCAUUCAUUAGAAGUUAAAGAUAUGGUAUUGGAAUGUAUAAAUAAUAUGAUAUUAGCAAGAGCAAGUAAAAUAAAAUCAGGUUGGAAAUCUAUAUUUGGUGUUUGUUCAGCAGCUGCAAAAGAAAAUGAAGAAUCAUUGGUUUUGAAAUCAUAUAAAAUGGCAAAAUGGAUUAAUAAAGAAUAUAUUGAAGAAGUUAGAAAUCAAGAUUCAUUUAGUGAUUUAGUCGUAUGUUUUACUGAGUUGGCAAAGAAUGAAAGAUUUCAAAGAAUUAGUUUGUUAUCAUUAGAUGUAUUAUCAAGAUUGAUACAUGAAAUUGCUCAAUAUAGUUUCUUGAAUGAAAACGAUCCAAUAAUUGAUCCAAAUGAGAAGAAAGAACAUUUAAUUAAAUUAUGGUUCCCUGUUUUAUUUGGUUUUCAUGAUAUUAUAAUGACUGGUGAAGAAUUGGAGGUUAGAUCAAGAGCAUUGAAUGGCUUUUUUGACGUAUUAAUGAAAUAUGGUGAAUAUUUUGAAGUUGAAUUUUGGGAUAUGAUUUUCCAUAAAUUACUAUUCCCAAUUUUUAAUAUAUUAACAAAUCAUUGGGAAAUUGGGUUGGAUGAUUUGAAUGAUAAAACGUCAGUUUGGUUAUCAACUACUUUAAUUCAAGCUUUAAAAAGUAUGAUAUCAUUAUUUACCCAUUAUUUUACUGCAUUAAAUCAUUUAUUAAGUGAAUAUUUAAAAUUAAUAACAUCUUGUAUAUGUCAAGAAAAUGAUACAAUUGCAAGAAUUGGUAGAGAAUGUUUAUCAAAUUUAUUAAUUGAAAAUGCUGCUAGUUUUAAUAAUAAACAUUGGGAUGAAAUAACAAAAGGUUUUAAAAAUUUAUUUGAUUUAACUACUGCUAAAGAAUUAUUUACUGCAGAUCCAUUAAAUGAUAAAAAAAGUACAGAUGAAGAAGGUGAUAUUGGAGGUGAUGAUGAUGCUGAAAAUGAUGAAAUAUAUCAAGAAGAGAAAAUAGUAAAUGAAGCUGAAGCUAGAUUGAAAAAAUCUAAAGAAAAAUCAUCAAUUGUUGUCAAGAGUGUUUUACAGUUAUUAUUAAUUCAAACAUUAUCAGAAUUAUUUGAAAAUGAUUCGUUUUAUGAAAAUGUUUCAUAUGAAUAUUUAGUUAAAAUGGCAAUGCUUUUACAUAAUAGUUAUAAUUUUGCUAGAGAUUUUAAUGAUGAUUAUGAUUUAAGAGUUAGGUUAUGGAAUGCAGGAGUAAUUGAAAGAUUACCAAAUUUAUUAAAACAAGAAUCAAGUUCAUCUGCUGUUUUUAUAAAUAUAAUGUUUAGAAUGUAUUGUGAUGAUGAUAAAAUUUCACCAAGUGAUAAACAAGAUAUUAUGGGUUAUAUCAUACCAUUAUGUAAUACUAUUACUGAAAGAUAUUCAGAAUUUGAUGAAACUAAUCAACAAAGAAAUAUAAGUACAUGGAAACCAGUUAUAAUAGAAAUUUAUGAAGGAUAUAUUGAAUUAGAUGAUGAAGAUUUUAAAACUCAUAGUCCAAUGAUGUAUAAAUUAACAUUAAAAUUAUUUUCAAAAAGUUUAACAAGUGAUUUAAGAAUAGCAAUAAGGACUUUUUUAACAAGAGUUGGAGAAGAAUUUAUUAAAAUAACUGAUGAUAAAUAG